UCACGUGUCAUCAUUUUUGCACUCAUCAUCACUUCACAAUUCAGAUAGUACUAGUAUACAUUGUACAGUGACUACAAUUGUUCACAGAAACGGCCAAGGAAUUCGGCGGUAACCGGUGAAGUAGCAAUGUUGACGAUGAUGAGUCCGAUUCGUUUCCCUCUUUACGUCAAAUCCGGAACUCAUUGCUGCUACGCCUCCGCCUCAAUUUCCGAACCUCAAGUCCUUAACGGCAACCCUGGCGGCACAGUCUCCUCCCGGCAAGAGAUCCGUCUCGGUUUGCCGAGCAAAGGUCGAAUGGCUUCUGACACACUCGAACUUCUCAAGGAUUGUCAAUUGUCAGUGAAGCAGGUUAAUCCUCGCCAGUACGUUGCACAGAUUCCUCAGCUUUCCAACUUGGAAGUCUGGUUCCAGAGGCCAAAAGACGUUGUAAGAAAAUUGUUAUCCGGUGAUCUUGACCUUGGUAUUGUGGGACUCGAUAUAGUCAGUGAGUUUGGCCAGGGGAGUGAAGAUCUUAUCAUUGUCCACGAGGCAUUGGAUUAUGGUGAUUGCCGUUUAUCAAUUGCAAUUCCUCAGUAUGGAAUAUUUGAAAAUGUAAAUUCACUAGAGGAACUAGCAAAAAUGCCUCAAUGGACAGAAGAAAAGCCUCUGCGAGUUGCAACUGGAUUCACUUAUUUGGGUCCUAAAUUUAUGAAAGAUAACGGCAUUAAGCAUGUUGCAUUUUCAACUGCUGACGGAGCACUCGAGGCUGCUCCUGCGAUGGGGAUUGCUGACGCUAUCUUGGACCUUGUAAGUAGCGGAACUACAUUGAAAGAAAAUAACUUGAAGGAAAUUGAAGGUGGAACUGUUUUGGAGAGCCAGGCCGCUCUUGUUGCAAGCAGGAAAUCAUUGAUCAGUCGAACAGGAGUACUUGAAACAACUCAUGAGAUGCUUGAAAGAUUGGAGGCACAUCUGAGGGCCAUGGGGCAGUUCACGGUUACUGCAAACAUGAGAGGAAGUAGUGCAGAAGAAGUGGCUGAGAGAAUACUGAGCCAACCAUCAUUAGCUGGGCUGCAGGGGCCCACUAUAAGUCCUGUUUUCUGCAAGCGCGAUGGAAAGGUAGCAGCAGACUACUAUGCCAUAGUCAUAUGUGUGCCCAAGAAGGCAUUGUACAAGUCUAUACAGCAAUUGAGAGCGAUCGGAGGCAGCGGAGUUCUCGUAUCACCCUUGACCUAUAUUUUUGAUGAAGAAACUCCUAGAUGGCGUCAGCUCCUUUCUAAACUUGGGCUUUAGUCAUGCAUUUAUGGAGUUGUUUUGUUGUUUCCCCACCAUAGAAAGAUAAUAUGAAAUGCAGAAAACUGUAGAAACUGAAAUGAAAGAAUUCCUACUUUUGCAUCAGUUUGUAUGUUUAAAAUUUUGUAGCAAGCCAGUAGUUUCUUCAAUUAAUUCCCUCUGUAAUAAUACUUGGAGUUAUAAGUGGGGGUGGGUUCAACAUUGUCGUGGUAGUUAAACUAUGGUGUUGUAAUUUUUAACUUUUUAGUUGAUUUUACUUGUUACCAGCUACGUAAAGGAGCUGGUAUCUUCUUUGAAA